AUGAAUUCUCGUUUGAGUAGAGUUUUAUUUUUAAGCAGUAGACCACUGCUGACUAGACCCACUCUUAGACUAAGACCACCCACUGCCUAUCGACCAUUUUCUCUCACAACGGCUCAAAAAGAACAGUACUUGCACGGUUAUAAAGACGACAGACGUCACCAUGGUCAUUACCCCAGUCGAACUCAUUAUUGUAGUGACUUGAGCGUAUCCAACGAAGGAGAAAAAGUAGUAUUGUGUGGUUGGGCGCAAUCAACAAGAUCUCUUUCUCAAGAUUUGAUCUUUAUACCCUUGUAUGAUCAUUCUGGAACAGCACAGCUUGUCUUUCGUAACGGCAAUCAACAACUCAAGUUGCAAAUCCAAUCCUUGUCUGCGGAAAGUGUCAUUUGCGUUGAAGGCAUUGUCCGAAAGCGUCCAGAGGGCAUGGCAAAUAAAAAGCAAAAGACAGGAGAAAUUGAAGUUGAAAUCAACACGCUUUACUGCUUAAACCCUGCUUCACCCUCUUUACCCUUUUGGCCAAGUCAAACCCAAAUGCCAAAUGAGGAAGUCAGACUCCGUUAUCGUUACUUGGAUCUUCGUCGAGAAGAGCUCCAACAUAAUAUUCGCUUGAGAUCGAUAACAGCCAAUACAGUUCGAAAUUACUUGAUUGAUAAUGGAUUCACAGAGAUAGAGACACCCAUGUUGUUUAAAUCAACUCCUGAAGGUGCAAGAGAAUUCAUUGUUCCUACCAGAAAAAAGGGAAAUUUUUAUGCGCUUCCUCAGAGUCCACAACAGCAUAAACAAAUGCUGAUGGCGGCUGGAUUUGAUCGUUACUUUCAGAUAGCUCGUUGUUUCAGAGAUGAAGACUUGAGAGCAGAUAGACAACCAGAGUUUACACAGAUUGAUUUAGAAAUGUCCUUUGUCAAAGCAAAGGAUAUUCAAAAUAUAAUCGAAGGCAUGGUUACAGCUAUCUGGGAUAAAGCAUUAAGUAUAAAGCUAACAAAGAGCUCCUUUCCACACAUGACAUAUCAUGAAGCAAUGUCCAAGUAUGGAUCAGAUAAGCCAGAUGUUCGAUUCUCGAUGCAUAUCAAUGAUAUUGGAUCAUAUGUAAAAGAUGCUAUUGGUGAUGCUUCUGUCGAUUGCUAUGCAAAAGGAACUGGAACUUACAGAAGACAAGGUAAGAAGAAAAAAAAAGAGGAUACAAUUAAUUUUGCAUUUGUCAAGAUCAAUGAAAACAACAUGCAUUCAUGGCCAUCCAAAUGCCCUCAACUUCGCCACUCACAGCGUAUUGGCGCGAUUGAAACUGAAUUAAAUCAAAAGCUCGAUAUCCAGCAAGGCGAUUUAGUUGUAACAUACAAGAGACCUGCCUAUCUUUAUGGUGGCAAUACGACCAUGGGCAGAAUUCGUCUCUAUUUGUCCAACCUGCUGCAAAAUAAGGGUUUACUGAAGCUAGAUCCCGAAAGAUACAAGUUCUUGUGGAUAGAAUCUUUCCCUCUUUUCACACCUGACGAAGCUGGUAUCCGCACUUGGCAAUCCACGCAUCAUCCCUUUACAGCACCAUUUGAUGAAGACAUACCCCUGCUGGCUACAGAGCCUGAAAAAGUACGUGGACAGCACUAUGACUUGGUUUUGAAUGGUAUGGAGAUCGGAGGUGGAUCGAUCCGUAUUCAUUCCCCUGUAAUGCAGACAUUCAUACUAGAAAAGGUGCUGCAGUUAGAAAGACAUGAGUAUCAGAGGUUUGAUCAUUUGAUUGAUGCUCUCGGUGGAGGGUGCCCACCUCACGGAGGUAUUGCCUUGGGUUUUGAUCGCUUGAUGGCUAUCUUAUGUCAGGCUUCUUCUAUCCGUGAUGUAAUUGCGUUCCCCAAGGCUGCAGGUGGUAAAGACUAUGUAGUGAAUAGUCCAUCUGAAGUAACAACGGCUCAAUUAAAUGAAUAUGGUCUCAAAUUAGCUCAAGAUCAGAAUUAA